GUCGGUUUGUUCAGUCGUGCCAACAAAGUGCUCUUCCUUUCCCCACCACACAACACUGUUUUCGGUGCGUUUUACUGCUGUUUUUUACUACCCCAGAGAGUGCGACACCGUGUCUCAACCCACACGCGCCAAGCCAUCUGUUGAAGUUUUGAAGUCGUGUUUUUUUCGGGGACGGUGAUAUUUUUGGAAUUUACGCAACUUUUCCACGGAUUUUUGUGGAAAAAGAAGAAGAAGAAACCGUCAAAAAUGGCCGUUAGUCGAUUGUCGCUGGUGAAGUUCCUGGAGCUGGCCGUCACCAUCAGCUGCGCGGUGCUGCACUACAAGAGUUUGGGCGAAAGCGAUGAGCUGACCAUCAUGCUGGUGGCCGGAACCUUCGUCGGUUUCAGCGUGAUCCUGAUUGGUCUUUUUGCUGGCUACCUGAUGGGCACCCCCAUCAACAAGAAAAUCGACAUCUUCUUCAGCCUGAUCGGCUGCGCCAUGUUCAUCGCGUCCGGCGUGCUGGUGCUGCAGGCCUGGGAGAGCGGCUUCAAGACGGAACGUCGCCGGCUCGCCAUCUCCAAGGGUUCGCUGGCCAUCGUCAACGGGGUGCUGUUCUUCUUCGACGCCGUCUUUACGUUCCGCGAUUAAGUUACUGUAUCGAAUUUUGACCAACGAGAAUGAAAUCUCAACUUUGUUUAUUAUUAAAUGUUUACAAAAUAUGUUUAAACUAUUGUAACUCUACAGAAACAAAGACGCCUAGAGUGCUAAGCCGGCUUAUUUAUACACAGAAAUCAUCGUCGAACCACAACAUUUAAAAACACUUAAUGGCUAAGAAUGUAUUCGGAUAAUCACGUGUGAAAUCUAUGUCAUAGCUGUUAGGGAUAAAAAAAACACAUCGAAUUUUGAGAUUCAGAUGGCGCGACGGUGCACCAUCCAGGACACAAACCACGAGGUUCCCAGAACGACACGGUGGCGGCGCCACCGUCGCACACCAACACCAUUUCAUUUUUUUUCUAUACGUUUUGUUUCGAGUAGUUUGGUUUUUUUGUUUUAUUUCCAUUUUUGUACCACGUUCACGUUUUGUAUACAAGUUUUUGUAAUAAAAUCUAAUUUUAUACCAAUAAAAACAAAAUGAAA